AUGGAGGUUAACACUGCAGAGUACGCCCCUUUAUCUGGUAGCAGUUAUCUUCCCAUGCCACCCAAAAUUGCAAAGAAAAAGGCUGUACUGAACAUAGAAAAUGUAGAUCAAAAAUGUUUUCUUUGGUCGAUUUUAGCCUCUCUUCAUCCUAUUGGUAGAUUAGAUCACCCAGCACGCGUGUCAAAUUACACGAAGUAUGAGUAUGAACUGAAUACUGAAGGAUUAGACUUCCCUUUACCUUUGUCUCAAAUUAAUCGAUUUGAAAAGAAAAACAACAUAUCAGUCAAUGUGUUUGGAUUUGAGAAAAAUGAAAUUUCCCCCCUUCACAUAACAGAAGCAAGAAAUACGUUCCACCAUGUCAAUUUGCUUCUUUUCUCAAAGGGUGAAACAAGACAUUAUUGUCUUAUCAGAAACAUGAGCAGGCUAAUGGGGGACAGAACAAGCCAUGAUGGAGAAACGUUCUAUUGUAAUUUCUGUCUACAUGGGUUUACAAGACAGGAUUUAUUAAAUGAGCAUGUUCCAUAUUGCUCUCCUCACGGUCCUCAAAGAUUAACGUUCCCAAAAUCAGAACAUGAUCAAUGGGUGCAAUUCAAGCAUGUUAAUAAACAAUUGAAGGUACCCUUUGUCAUUUAUCUCGACUUGGAAAGUUUAACUAUUCCUAUUCAAUCUUGUAGUCCUAGUCAAACUCAUUCCUCAACAACUCCCUAUCAAAAGCACGAACCCUGUGGAUUUUGCUAUUACGUGAAAUGUUCUGAUGAUAGUAAAUCAAAACCUGCUUAUCUAUAUAGGGGUGCCAAUGCUAUGGAUCACCUCUUUGAAUGUUUGAUCAAAGAGGAAGAGGAAAUCUGUAAGAUACUCUCACAAAGUAUACCCAUGUCCAUCUCAGCAGAAGAAGAAAAUUCUUUCAAAAACGCCACUGAUUGUCACAUUUGUGAACAACCUCUAGGGGUGGAUAGGGUAAGGGAUCAUGAUCAUUUAACGGGCAAGUACAGAGGUGCUGCACUUAACCAGUGUAGCUUGCAGCUCCAAUUUAGGAAAGAAAACAGGGAUUUCUACAUUCCUGUUAUCGCACACAACAGCCGCAAUUACGACCUUCACCACAUGAUGAGUGCCAUUGGAAAAUUAAAGGAUAAGAAAAUAUCUUGUAUUCCAAACAAUAUGAAGAAAUACAUAAGUUUUUCACUCGAUAAUUUACGUUUCAUUGAUUCACUACAAUUUCUGAAUGCUUCACUAGACACUUUAGUAACAAAUUUAGCCAAAGAAGGGGGAUCGAGAUUUCAAAAUCUAUCACGACAUUUUCCAUCUGAAGUUGAGAGAGACCUCUUACUACGGAAAGGGGUUUAUCCCUAUGACUUCAUGUCCUCUUGGGAUCGAUUUUACGACCAAGAGUUACCUCCCUUCACAGCAUUUUACAACAAACUGUCCGAAUCCGAUAUUUCUGUGAGUGACUAUGUUCACGCUGAAAAGACAUGGAAAACCUUUAACAUGACAAACAUGGGGGAUUACCAUGAUUUAUACUUAAAAACGGAUGUCUUACUACUCUCUGAUGUAUUUGAGAAUUUUAGAGACCUAUGUCUGGAUGCAUAUCAUCUAGAUCCUGCUCAUUUCUUUACUUCACCUGGUCUUGCAUGGGAGGCCAUGUUGAAAAUGAUAAAAGUUAAGUUGCAGCUCUUUGACGAAAUCGAUAUGAUCUUGAUGAUAGAGCAGGGAAUUAGGGGAGGGGUGUCUAUGAUCUCGAAGAAAUAUGCCAAAGCCAACAACCCAAUGGUCUCUGAUUUUGAUCCCUCAAAACCGAAAACUUGGCUUACUUAUCUAGACAUGCAUAACCUUUACGGUACAAGUAUGUCAAUGCCCCUGCCCGAGAGGGACUUUGCCUGGUGCACUCCAGAACAAAUAGAUAGUUUAAAUGUCAUGAAUAUCUCAGAUGACUCGGACAACGGGUAUAUAUUAGAAGUGGAUCUAAAAUAUCCAGAUUCCCUACAUGAUGAACAUAGUGAUUAUCCUCUUGCUCCUGAAAACAAUACAAUUACAGAUGAUAUGUUGUCUCCUCAUAGUUUGAUGCUCAAAGAAAAGUUAGACAUCAAAGGAAGUGCCCCAAAACUUGUGCCUAACCUCAGUGAUAAAGGAAAGUACGUUCUUCAUUAUCGAAAUCUAAAAUACUAUUUGUCAAAAGGCCUUGUAUUAUCCAAAAUCCACAGGGUUCUAGAAUUUACUCAGUCUCCUUGGUUGAAAUCAUACAUUGAUUUUAAUACACAUAGGAGGUCUCAGGCUACAACAGAUUUCAAAAAAGAUUUUUAUAAGCUCAUGAAUAAUUAUGUCUUUGGGAAAACCAUGGAGAACAUGAGAAAGAGAGUGAAUGUGGAACUGGUGCACACCAAAAAGAGAUUACGUAAAGUAUGUGCGAAGCCCAACUUUCAGUCUUUUAAGAUCUUCAAUGAAGACCUAGUAGCUGUCAAUCUUAGGAAAAACAACAUUGUUCUCAAUCGCCCCAUAUAUGCUGGGUUUUGUAUUCUUGACCUCGCUAAGCUGCUCAUGUUCGAGUUUCACUAUGACUUUGUAAAAUCUACCUACGGGGAAAAGGCUAGUCUUCUGUUUACAGAUACGGAUAGCCUUUGCUAUGAAAUCCAAACAGAAGACUUUUAUCAAGAUAUAUUUACUAAUAAAACUUUUUUGACACCAGUAACUUUGAGAAAACCCACUUUCUUUUCUCCAAAACAAACUGUAAGGUUCUCGGUAAAAUGA